AUGUCAACGUCAUUUUAUGAUCAAAUGAAUGGUCUAACCGACAACUUAGAUGUAUCACCACUCGAUGAAAGCGCGUUAGAUUCAAGUUCAGUGAAUAAUCUUGUUCCAGAGUUAACUUCAGGAAGAAAAAUAGUUCAAGAAUAUAAUCUUAAAAAAACUCAAUUAGCAUUUACGAUUGGUAGAAAAAAAAAUAUCGAAGACAAAUUUCCAACAAUUCUUGAUCUUGGUUUAACGAUCUAUUCGGAAGAAAUGGUGGAAGAUGCUGAGAAAGAGAUAGUUGAAGACACUAGACCUACUGAAUCAGUCGUACAGUCCCAUUCGCCACCACCUGAUUGUCGUAUGUACAAAUAUGCACCACGAUAUGGUUAUACAACAGGCAAAGAAGAGGUGCUUAUUUUUUAUACCAAAAAACUUGAAGAAAACAAAUAUGGAAAUUUACAAAUUACAUUUCAAUAUGACACAUCUAAUAUUGGAUCGCAAACAUCAUUUGCCGCUACUGAUAUCGAAGUUAAAGGUCAAAUGGUAUCAUUUAGAACACCAUUGUUUCCAUAUUCUAUUAAUGAACCUACACCUGUCAAAAUAAUAUUACAACAAAAAGAAAGAAUGUUAGAAACAUUAAGAUAUUUUUAUGUUCCAACCUCACAAUGUUCUACUUGUCAAGCAAACGCAAUGAAAAAUCCAGAGCCAUUUAUAUACAAUAUGUCAAAUAAACGCAUGAAACCUAGUCUAUGGCCCAAUGACGAUGUAGCUGAUGCUUUUGUACCUGUUUGCGAAAGUGAAACUGACUUGCAACAAUCAACAUCAGAACCGGAAUCACAGUCAGCUCUCAGCCCAUCAAAUUCAGUGUCUCAAUCUUCAAUCAAUACUAAUCAAACAACCUCUACUCAACAGCUUUUGGAUAAACUUUCAGAUGAUGUUGUAAAAUUAUUUACUGAAAACGAUUCUAAACCAAUUUUACGGUUCUGUCGACCAUUUAUUGCAAAACGCCCUGAAUUACUUCAUAUGGCUAUUCAGAAUAAUCGUUCUGAUCUUCCAUCAAAAUUUAUUUCUAUUGCGAAGUUUGAUUUACUUAAACAAAAAAAUGAGUUAGGUGAAACUGUACUGUUACAUGCUACACGCCUCAAUCGUAUCGAUAUUGUCCAAGCUCUCCUGGAAAAAAACGACUUCGAUAAACUGCUCGAAGAUAUCAAUAGUAGAAAACAGAAUAUUUUUCAUAUUCUUGCAAUGAAUAUAAAUUCUCAAGAUAUACUUGAUCUAGUAGUUGAACAUCUGGUGAAAAAAUCAAUCAAUAUUUCAGAGAAGUUUGAUCAUGUCGAUGAUGAUUAUCAUACACCAUUACAAUUAGCUAUUAUAAAGAGUAAUCUUUCAGCAACACGUCAGUUUUUGAAACAUUUUAAUAAAACUGUAUGCGACAACAAUAAUAAUAGGGGUGAUAAUCUUAUUCAUCUUGCUGUACGUUAUAGUGAUUUAGCAAUGCUAAAAUUAUUACUCGAUGAUGGAAAACUAAUGGAGCAAGGCACUCAAUCGAAUUUAACGAUGACACCACUUGAACUGGCUCGAUCAAUGAAACGAAACGAUAUGAUAGAAUAUUUCAAUGAAAUAUACUGUCAACCGGAAGUCGAUGAAAACGAUAGUUCAGAAGAUGAGUAA